AUGUUUGCGAGUGCGAGUAAUCUUCAAAUUCAUUGAUUUGGAAACAAUGGCAUACAAACUCCAACAAGAGGGGAGGGGAAAAAUACAUGCAACAUUGUGUGAUUUGCAGUAAAAAUAUUGAAUAUUCAAGCUAGGGCGGAUGGAACCACCUUCCUUGAAAUAGCAGAUUUUGAUUUUCAGUUGGAAUUUUUUUAACUAACGAGUUUUCAGAUCCAAAUUUCCCAAGUCGUUGCAGUGGUGGACUUGGGGCAGUUGCGCGUCGUUUCUUCCGUUGGAAGCAUUUGAUUUUGUCGACAACCAACACCAACACACAGAGAGAGGAUUCAGUCAAUCGAGAAUGAGGAGGUGCUCUUGCGACUACCGGUACCUCCUCCUCGUCGCCGCCGUGCCGUUCAUCUACAUCCAGAUGCGCCUUUUUGCCACGCAAUCAGAGUAUGCGGAUCGCCUAAAUGAUGCUAUCGAGGCAGAAACUCAGUGUACAAGACAGACACGAUUACUAAUUGAUCAGAUUAGCUCACAACAAGGGCGACUUCUUUCUCUUGAAGAAGAAAAGAAACGCCAAGAUCUGGAAUGUAGCCAGUUGAGAGCUCUUGUUCAAGAUCUGCAACGUAAGGGUGUUGAGAAACUGGUUGGUGAUGUACAGGCUCCAGUAGCAGCUGUCGUGGUUAUGGCAUGUAACCGUGCUGAUUACCUUGACAGGACUAUUAAAUCAAUUUUUACGUACCAAAAACCUGUUGCAUCAAAAUAUCCUCUCUUCAUAUCACAGGAUGGGCCAGAUCCGAAGGUUAAAAGUACAGCAUUGGGUUAUGAUCACCUAACCUACAUGCAGCAUCUAGAUUAUGAACCUGUGCAUACAGAAAGGCCUGGGGAGAUGAUAGCAUACUACAAGAUUGCACGGCAUUAUAAGUGGGCACUAGAUCAAUUGUUCUAUAAACAUAAAUUUAGCCGGGUGAUCAUCCUUGAAGAUGAUAUGGAAAUUGCUCCUGAUUUCUUUGACUAUUUUGAGGCUGGGGCUGCCCUCAUGGACCGUGACAAGUCCAUCAUGGCAAUUUCUUCAUGGAACGACAAUGGACAAAAACAGUUUGUACAUGACCCUUAUGUGCUUUACCGCUCAGAUUUUUUCCCGGGCCUUGGGUGGAUGCUUACAAGAUCCACAUGGGAUGAACUUUCUCCAAAAUGGCCAAAGGCUUAUUGGGAUGAUUGGCUGAGACUGCAAGAAAAUCACAAAGGACGACAAUUCAUUCGCCCAGAAGUAUGCAGAACAUAUAAUUUUGGAGAGCAUGGUUCCAGUAUGGGUCAGUUCUUCAAACAAUAUCUUGAACCCAUAAAAUUGAAUGACGUCCAGGUUGAUUGGAAGUCAAUGGACCUGAGCUACCUGGAGGAGGACAAGUAUGUGGAGCACUUUGCUGAUUUGGUAAAAAAAGCGACUCCUAUACAAGAAACCAAUGCUGUUCUGAAGGCAUCUAACAUAAAAGGAGAUGUCCGUAUUUUGUACCGAGACCAGCAAAACUUUGAGCAGAUUGCAAGUCAGUUCGGUAUUUUUGAAGAAUGGAAGGACGGUGUCCCAAGAGCAGCAUAUAAAGGAGUAGUAGUUUUCCGGUAUCAAACACCGAAACGUGUGUUCCUUGUCGGCCCAGGUUCUUUAGGACAACUGGGAAUCAGAUAGACUAGAUCAGAUCCAUGUUCAUUCCAAUAACUUGAUGAGAUUUUGAUUGAACCAUAGGUGGUUUUGCUUCUAGCAAAUUUUAUACUGCAUUUUGCACCAUGUAUUAUACAAAUACAAUUAUAGUGAUUUGUUUUAAUUGCUCA